GGCUUGAUAGAGGUCAUUUGGUUUAUAUAGAGACGGAUAGUUCACCAUUCUGAUCAAGUUGUCAGGCACUUGUCCAAAAUUUGUCAAUAGCCGCUGACAAUGUCCAACUACGAAUCGUUCCAAGACAAGAUGAACUAUUACUUCAAGAACAUAGGCAAUAAACAACUCGCACUCGUUGGCGACGCCGUUCUUCGGCUGUGUGUCCUCGAUGAAUGGUUUUCGACUGAGAGUGACACAGAUGUCGCAACAAAUGAACACUUGAAGAAUGUAGCGAAGGAGUGGGGUUUAAAAGAGUAUAUUAAGGAAAACCCAUCUCAAGAGGAUAAGGAAGCAAAGACUACGCUCGCUUCUACCGUCGAAGGGAUUAUUGGAGCGGUAUGGGUCGAUUCUGAUCGAGAUUUCGGAGCUGUCCAACGUGUUAUAAAGAAACUGGUAUACUGA